UUGCAAAUAUAUAGACAACAUCAUAAGGUAAAAAUAUGGCAAAAGCAGAGGAUGUAAUAAUACUAGUGGUGGUAGUGUUAAUAACGAUAAUGCCACUGGUUGCACAAGGAUCAAGAUGGGCUAAUCUGCUGGAGGAAUCAGGGAAGGAAAAGGUAACCAACCUUCAGUUCUAUUUCCACGACACCUUGAGCGGCAAGAAUCCGACCGCCGUUAAGGUGGCUCAGGCCGCCGACACUGACAAAUCUCCGACCCUGUUCGGUGCCACGUUCAUGGUGGAUGAUGCUCUAACCGAGACCGCCGAUCCCAAAUCCAAGCUCGUUGGCCGGGCCCAAGGCCUUUACGGUUCUUCAUGUAAAGAAGAGGUAGGGCUGAUAAUGGCGAUGAGCUUCUGUUUUGAGGACGGUCCUUACAAGGACAGCACCAUAAGCAUGAUCGGGAAGAACUCGGCGAUGAACCCAAUUCGAGAAAUGCCUAUCGUCGGAGGCACUGGAUUGUUCCGGAUGGCUCGUGGCUACGCUAUUGCACAGACCAAUUGGUUCGAUCUCAAGACCGGUGAUGCGAUCGUUGCCUAUAACGUUACCGUUGUUCACUAGAAAUAAACUAGCUAGAGAGAUUACGGCUUUGUUUUUGGCCAUGUCUACAUGUAAUGUAAUAUUUUCAGUACUUUCCAUUUCUUUACGUUUUCGUUUCAUACCUCGAGAUUUUCUCUUGACGACGAGAUAAAUAAAUAUGUAUUUUUUUUUUUACAUCAAAACAACAUAUACUGUA